AAAUAAGUAAUAUGCUGGUUACUUAGUAGUUGCAUUAGGAGGAAUUGAAUCUUCAAUCGAAAUAUUCUUUCAACGAUUCAUCAUGGGUUUUGGAGAUUAUCCCGCUGAAUAUGAUCGAGCAAAACAUGGUCCCUAUGAUCCAGCACGUUACUAUGGGAAACCUGAUACUCCUUUGGGUGACGUUAAAAUAGGUGAAUUUGGAGCUUGGAUUCGUAGAAGAAAUUUCCAUCCUCAAGCUAUAGUAUCAGCGUGCUCUCGAGCAUUUUGGCGUUGGCAACAUAAAUAUGUAUUUCCUGAACGUGCUGGUGGAGCUCAUUUUUUCCAAAUGGCAGUAGGAUUAUCAAUACUUUUCUAUAUAAUAAAUUAUCAGAGAAUUAAGACACACAAGAAUUACAAGUACCACUAAAUCAAUAAUUAUCAUAUGAAGUUCAGCCAAAAUAGUCAAUUUGGCAUAAAACAAUUACAUAUAUAUUUAUCUGUCUGUAUGAAAAAGUCCAAAUCUAGAAUGUAUAUUAAAUAAAAAUAAAAAUUCUUUAAAUAUA